AUGAUGAUUAUCAAUGAGUUCAUGUUCAGCAGUGUUCUCAAACACCUCAAGUCUCUUGUUGAUGACAACUUUGACGAUCCUCUGUCUGUUGCAUCCACUGCAGCCGUCAAUUGGACCCUCUGGCUUACGAGAAACUUUCACAUUACCGGAUACCUCGGUUACCUCCCGGAUUGGGUUUUGAAACGGUUUCCGUAUUCCUUUGAGAGCCUCCGCGAGGGGGGGCAGAUGAUAAUAGAGCUCACCGUGCAUGAGCAUGACUUGGCAGACGUCAAGAACCCGGAUUGCAUGACCCAGAGGCUUAUUCGAGCCCACUUGGACUGCAAGUCGUAUGCGGGAGCGCCCAUGUCUAUUGAACUUGUGGCUUCCGAGGCAGAAAUCACCAUGUGGGGAGGCAUAGUUGAUCUCGGAAACAUUAUGCCGCUCGGGUCCUUUCACACUGCUUCAGAUGACGACUUGCAGUAUCGCCUGUAUUGUGAGCUCAAGAGCGUGUGGCCCGAUAUUGACGCUGCGCCAUCAGACUAUAUGACGCUUCGCAAGCUUCCUUUGCUGCACGCUGUGCUUAUGGAAAGCCAGCGCCUGACGUAUGGCGUGGUAAUUGGGCCUCCUCGAAUGGUUGGCCCAAGUGGUGCCGUUGUAGACGGCUACACCAUCCCGUCCAAGACGGUUGUUGCAUGUUCCACGUAUUAUGUUCACAUGAACGAGGCCAAGUUUCCCAACCCGGACAAAUUUGAUCCCCAGUGA